AUGGCACCAAUCCCUCGAUCCUCAACCUCAGGCGUUGCUCAGCCCAUUGGCAGUCGCACUCGAUCAAAGACGAAUCAUCCCUCAUCCUCUGCGAUCUAUCAAGAUGAACCGCUUACCAAGCGUGUCAGAUCGAAAACGACUCGACUUCUGGACCCAAAGUUUACUGCAGAAGGUAACACGUCAAGAUCAAACGCUUCCAGUAGUGUCUCCGAAGGUAAGAAGCGAGGUUCCAAGCCUAAUGAAAUCACGGGACCUGUUCGAAGGUCUAACAGACUUUCACUCCAAAAUUCUCAGGCUGACCAGGAGAAGGACAAAUGCGAAACUGAAGGAAAUCACUUCAAGAAGUUUACGCGGUCCCUUACUACCCCUUCACUCCCUUCCAAACGUACUUGGGUAGGAUCAAAAAGGACUCAAGAUAAAAGGGAAUAUCCAGAUCCAGAAGAAUCUUCAGAUUCCGAUACUUCCUCAUCAUCUUCUUCUCAUAUUUCUUCUUCGACUAGCUACAGACCUACCAAGAAGUCCAUUACUUCCUCUUCAACCUGUCAACCAAAAGUGAGGAAGGGUCAAAGAGCCAAAAAUGAUCACCUUCUUCAAAUCAAUGCCACAAUUGAGAUCAACCCAGAGUCAUUACGUGUUCCUCACAAAUCUGUCAAAGACGACAUGUCGUCCUUCUCCUCUUCUUUGAGUAACGCUUCUAUUUCCCAUCAAAUCAUCGUAACACCCCUUCACACUCGAGCUAUCGAUGACGAAGAUUCGAAGAGUUCGAGUCAAAGUUCUUCUGCUCGAUUCCCGUCGAUCCAGCUCACCCAAUCGGAUCUGGCUGCCAUCGAAGCCAUCGAAUUUCAGAACUUCAAAAGAGACGAACAAGACAAUCAAGCAGAUGCUUUCCCAGCACGGUCAAAAGAUGAAGACGAUCAUUUUGAUUGGGCAGACGGUGGAUCGGAUUUGACUUCUCUGAGUCAAUAUGGGGAUUGUGAAGUUGAAUGUUAUGAUCAUCAUGGAGAACGCGAAGAAGAUGAAGGUUUGAAUGAUGAUUGGGAUAGAGCAGACGUGUCUGGGGAAGAGGAAGGUGGAAUACCAUCACUCAACACAACCGAUAUGGGUCGUGAGCGGAAAGUGAUCAAUGUGGAUGACCAAUUCGAAGAGGGAGAUCUAGCUGGAACGCCACCUCCCUAUAUUGAGGAAAGAAUGGGUGAAGAAGUUGAGAUACAGUUCAAAAAUGACAUGACAGAGGAACAACUAGUGGACGCCAUCGUUUUGGAGGACGAUGGGAAAGAAGAGAUGGAGGUAGAUUUGAUCUUCGAGGAAGAUCAGAAAGAGGUGCUGGACGAACAAGAUGACGAAGAUAAGGAGAACCAACCAAUUGGAUCUGGGUUUGUGACGGAUGAAGCUGCGAAAGUUGAAGACGUCCCCUCUGAGUGGAAAGGUCCAAUUGCAGCUCGAAAAAAUCAAGGCAUUAUGGAGGACCUCUCGGGUGCGGCAAUGGAUGGCCAAGCGAUGGAGAGGAGCGUUCAAGAAGGUGGUAUAACACCGGACGAAAGGUUAAACCAAGAUCUCGAAGGUCCACGAAAUAGCAAACACAAACAGGUAGAUACCAAGGAAAAGAGAGUGGAAAAGGUAUCUCUUCCUUGGGAACCUUCUUCAUGGACGAUGACAUUCUACGAGCCUCGAAAAAAAGGACAGGAAAGGCUCCCGCAAGGACAUCGAGCAGCGUUGAAGUGUGCCGAACCAGAGGGUUUCAAGACUCGGGUAUCCCCCUUGGAACCCUCAUCAACACCUCCCCUCGAUAUACUACAAGAAGAUGUAGGUCUUGUUGAUCCCAUGACAAGAUGCGAGGGUACUGAAACGAUGGUCCUAUCUUCAGAUUCCGAAUCUGUUGCAGCCCACUUGAUUUCCACCCCACAAUCCACGCUCUCCGCAGCACCACACAUACCUUCAAAAUCAGAUCCGCAGAUUGGAAUCCUUCUAAACGAUUCAGGCCCGACUCCUAUGUCUGCUCAGACUACAGCUCAAUCGGAAGGUACUCCUCUCAUAGUUCGUUGCCCUGUACCGAGAAAUUAUGAGCCGGACCUCGCUCAAGCUCUGACAAACACUAGAGGCAGAGGAUCUAGGGGAGGUGCUGCAAGAGGUCGGAGCAUCACGGCAGGACGCACAAGAGGAAGAGGCGCAGGUAGAGGAAGAGGAAGAGAAAGAUCUAAAUCAAUCAACGUCCCUUCACUAACUAUCACCAGUCCUGGUGCGAUUACCUCUCCACUCCCAUUUCAAGCAGAAAAUAAGCAAGUCUUUUCCCCUAUGAGAGAACCACCAUUCAAUUACUGGAAUCGACCUGGUCCAACCGUAUCUAGUCAAACACGAAUGAUCUACGAUGGUCAACCCCAUCGACCAGAAGAUACUUCAAACUUGCAUCUCUUAGCGGAUGUAGCGUUGGCUUUGAACGAACUGGACAACAGGAACCGGAAGUCACCUGGAAGUGGCAGUGCAAGAUAUUGGGCGACAGUGAUGGGUGUCACACCUGAAUCUACUAAAUUGGAUAUCUUAGCGGCGGUAUCGAAGAAUAUAGAUGAUUUGCCUAGAUUUGGAUUUGAUAGGGACGGUCAGCCGUUAAAUGCUCCAUCAUCAAUCAUAGCCAGCAGGGAGAUUGGUAUGUCAUCCGAUCGUCAACGACCUAAAAGACCAAGACCACCACAACGUUCAGUGACGUUCGCGAGGCAUGAUACCUUCGCGGCAGUACCUUCAGACACGUCUCGACCGAUCAUUCGUCUUCCUACGUCCGCGGUGAGAGAUGAGCUUCGAGUAUGA